UUUUCCCAUUAGUCCCAGGACAAGCAACGGAUCGCAGUUACCAACCUUCUGUGCAACUUAUGGCAGAAGUUUAGCAGGGUGGAGUACUCCCUGAAUAUUACUUAACCUCUCCGAGUUUGGAAAUAUUCCUGGAUGGACCUGGCCGAUAACAGCUGGUCCAUGGUUAAGCGCGAAGUGUCCAGCAGCCCUGGAUCUCCGGCUGAGAGCUACCUGUCCGGUGACAGGAGAGACGGCCCCGCGGCGGAAGAGCUCCGAUCCGCCGUGUCACAAAGCGAGCUGGACGCGCUGGGCCACAGGCGACACUCCUACGUCCACUUUGGACACCACAACAACGGGCUGGGCGCGUCCGAGGACAUGCCCCUGUUUACGGACUUAGACCAGGGCAGCAAACUGGUGUUGUCCGGGAGCACGCACAAAACGGGCCUCUUGGUGGACCCCAGUGAAAUGUACCAGACACUGGCCAUCGCAGCAGCGCAAACGCCCACCGGAUACGAGUCCUCCUCUGGGGGCUACAGCAUGCACUCCAGCCCAAACUCCCCUGUGUACGUGCCCAGCUCUCGCGUGGGGCCCAUGAUCCCUAACCUGUCGUACCUCCAAGCCAGUGGCACUCAGCCCAGCCACGUGUCCAGCCACUCGGUAUGGUCCCAGUCCGCACCCGAGAGCCCUUCAUACAGCACGAGUAGCCCACACGCGGCCAACCGUUUCCACUAUCCCCCCAGCCCGCCGAUGAGCAAUGGCACGUCCCGAGACACGGCCUAUAGUAACACUCUGAACAUGGGCAGCAGGGACCAAUACAGUCUGUCUCGGAGCCUCAGCGGGACUUACCCCAGCCCGUACUCCCCGUAUGUGACCCCGCAGCUGUCCCAGCUCCCCUCGCCCUGGACGAGUGGGCCCUUCGACAACACCAUGCUACACACGCUGCAAAGCAGAGGCGCACCCCUCAUCCGAGGCCCUAAUGGAGUGUCCGACCUCUUGGAUGACAUGGGCGAGAGUCGGGAGUGUGUCAACUGUGGGUCCAUCUCCACACCGCUCUGGAGGCGCGACGGCACCGGGCACUUUCUGUGCAACGCCUGCGGCCUCUACAGCAAAAUGAACGGCCUGAGCCGGCCGCUCAUCAAACCACAGAAAAGGACGUCUACGUCCAGAAGAAUCGGCCUGUCCUGCGCAAACUGCCAAACGAGCACUACUACUUUGUGGCGCAGAAACGCGGAGGGCGAACCAGUGUGCAACGCGUGUGGCCUCUACACCAAAUUACACGGGGUUCCUCGACCACUUGCAAUGAAAAAAGAGGGAAUCCAGACUAGAAAAAGAAAACCCAAAACUCUAAAUAAAUCCAAAGGCUCCUCUGGAAACAAUAAUAACACCGUCUCCAUGACUCCCACUUCCACGUCUUCAUCCAACUCUGAGGACUGCUCCAAAACCAGCUCUCCCACGACACAGGUCAGCUCUUCUGUCCUGUCCAGUUCAGCGGAGGGCACUGUGUCAUCGGUGAAGUAUUCGGGACAGGACGCCCUGUACACCAGUCUAUCCCAGGACGUCUCCUCAGUCCGGAGUGAUGCGUGGUGCCCUAUGGCUUUGGCCUGACCCCCCUCCCCCAAAAUUAAGACUUUAAUCCCUGGUCCAAGCACACUGUCAUUCGGAAAUAUCCCGGAGCAUUACUUGUUUCCUUGUUUGGAAGUGCCUGACUUUCCCUUCAAGUGCGGAAUACCCAACUUCCAGAUUUGGGGAAUUUGGCCAAAAUGAUCAACAUUGUUUUUUGCUGUGGACAUCGCUUCUGGAGGCACUGGUAUUUCUCCUCACACCUCUCUUCACACCUUUUCACAUUGUACAUAAGGGAUUUUUUUCUCUUGGAUAAAGACAGUGCCGUUUUAAGCACAUCUUUAUGGACAAGUUAUGCUACUUUCCCCACAACUGGAAUCAUGCAAAGACGACUUUUACAAAUCAAAAAGGAUAAAAAGAAAUAUAUUUAUGAAUCUUCCAUUGUUGGCUCUGAUUGUUAAUAAAGAUAUCAUUUUAGAGUAGAA